AUGCCGCGUUUGGGGCUGCGGCCGCUGGCCGUGGGGGGCCCCCCGCGGCUGCGGACUCUGGGCGCAGCAGCUGGGGUGUACGUACACCUCAGCAGCCGCGCCCGCGCACUGCAGCAGCAACUCUUCGGAUUUGCAAAAGGACUUCCUGGAGAGUCUGCGUGGUUAAAACCCUUGAAAGGAAAAGAAAUGAAGGAGUAUUACUGGCCCAGCAAGUACGACCUCCCCAGCUUCUCAGUGCAGCAAUACUUCGAAAUGCAGGCGCUCCGGUACGCCCCGAAGCAGACGCACCCCUCGCUGCUGGGCCUUUCGCGUUUGCUGCUGCUGAUGACUCAGAAGCAGCAGCAAAUUAAAAAGCUGCUGCAGCAGCUCGACGCAGAGCUGCUGGCGGAAAACCCUACUUUGCAAGACCUGCACGCUUAA